CAAACCCAAUCCUCUCUAGUCUCUCCGAGAAAAAGAAAGAAGCCAUUGUUCAACUUUUUCUCAUUAGUCUCUGCUGCUGCAAUAACUGAACCAAAAGUUGCAAUGCUUGGGAAGACGACGAUGAUCCAGAUUUUGCAGCUGGAUGCAGCAACGCUUUGAUGCUGUUCACGAUGCCAAGCAUACUCUGAUGAUCUUCAUUCGCUUCAUUUUUGAUUCAUUAAAACCAAGCAAGCACACUUGUUGAUAUAAGCAAAUAUUUGAUCCUUCGAGAAGGCGUGCACAGAUUUCAAAUCUGUAGGGUUUUCUGAACUCGGAUCUGAUUCAGCACCUGUUCUUCAUGUUUCUGUAGUUGAUGCGGAGCUCGGAUUCGCUCUUCUUCUGCUUUCGCGUAUUGGAGGGCGUUUUGCACCCCAAUGUCCUCGUCGGAUCCCGAAAUCUGGAACAAUCUGGUGAAGAUCAACUCACAGGAGGUCCAAUCGGUCGCCGGAUCGCCGAAAUCGGUUUCCGAUUUGAAGGAUUGCGCGGCGGUGCCCAGGCAAAACCCUAAUUACUCCUGCCGGCAUUUGGCGGAGCUCCGGUCGCAGCUCGGUCCUUUCCCGUUCCGUAAUCUUCGCGAGUGCAUACGCGUGCGUCCCCUCGGCCGCGCCUCGAUCCGCCGCGGGGACGCCGUACGGUGCGGCGCUUGCGGACGAGCCUCGCCGCGGAUUUACGCCUGCGUCUCCUGCGCCGCCGCCGCCUGCCGCGACCACGCGCCGCUCCACGCGGCGAGGACCGCGCAUCAAGUGGCGGUGGAUGUGGAUCGGGCUGAGCUAUUCUGCUGCGCCUGCGGAGACCAGGUCUACGACCGCGAUUUCGACUCCGCCGUCGCUACGGUUGCCGUCGGGAACGUGCCUGCCCUCCCCCCGCCGGAGAAUCUACGGAAACGGCGGCGCGUGGAUUACAAACCCUGGACUCCUGACGUCAGGGAGCAGGCGCUGAUUGCGGAGAACUCCAUCCCCUUGCCGCCGAGCCAAUCCGGCGGCGAAUCGGUGAGUCGACUCGGAGAUGCCGCCGUUCCCAUCCCAUGGGGCUUGCGAGGGCUCAGCAACCUCGGCAACACCUGCUUCAUGAACUCCGUCCUGCAGGCGAUGCUCCACACUCCGCCAUUGAGGAACUAUUUCCUGAGCGAUAAGCACAAUCGAUUCUAUUGCGAGAGGGAGAAUCGAACCAUUGUUACAAGGAAGAGCGACGUCAGCAGCAAAGGCAUUCAGGCGUGUCUCGCCUGUGAUUUGGACGCCAUUUUCUCCGCCGUAUUUUCCGGCGAUCCGAGGCCGUACAGUCCGGCAAAGUUCUUAUACAGUUGGUGGCAGCACGCAUCGAAUCUGGCAAGCUACGAGCAGCAGGAUGCGCACGAGUUUUUCAUUUCUAUGCUCGACGGCAUUCAUGAAAAAAUGCAGAAAGACAGGCGUAAGCCCCUUAGCCAGGGCAGCGGAGAUUGUUGCGUCGCUCACUGCGUAUUCUCCGGGAUCUUGAGAUCCGACGUCAUGUGCACAUCUUGCGGUUUCACAUCAACGACCUAUGAUCCGUGCGUCGAUAUCUCGUUAGACUUGGAACCAAAUCAUGUUGGCUCUUCAAAGACAGUCUCUACAAAAUCCACUUACGCCAUCAAACCCAAAGCGGCAAACUCGAGCCAAAACCCGGGCAUUUCUACCUUAAUCGGAUGUCUCGAUCAUUUCACAAGACCGGAAAGAUUAGGACCCGACCAAAAAUUCUUCUGCCAACAGUGUCAAGUGAGGCAGGAGUCCCUCAAACAAAUGUCGAUAAGAAAGCUUCCUCUGGUCUCCUGCUUCCACAUCAAACGUUUCGAGCAUUCCUCGGCCCGGAAAACGUCCAGGAAGAUCGACCGGUAUUUGCAGUUCCCUUUUUCUCUCGACAUGUCACCUUAUCUGUCGUCGUCGAUUCUGAGAAGCAGGUAUGGCAACAGAAUCUUCCCAUUCGACGGGGACAACAUCGAGCAGGAUGGUUGUAACGAUUUCUCGGCGCAGUUUGAGCUGUUUGCAGUCAUCAGUCACUCGGGCAAGCUCGAUGCUGGCCAUUACAUUACGUAUUUGAGGCUGAGCGAUCAAUGGUACAAGUGCGACGACGCUUGGAUCACUCGGGUCAACGAUGAAACGGUGAGAGCUGUGCAGGGAUACAUGUUGUUCUAUGUGCAGAAAACGCUGCACUACCGGGGGAGCGAUGGGAAAUGAUAAUAAACCGAUCGCCAACGGACCUCGAUCGACCGGGCGAAGAAUUUGCUUCUGGUGCAAGUAAGUUUGAUGAAAAAAAUGUUCUGGUUCUAAUACAGUUGCCUCAAAUUGUGAACUUGUGAUUUGAAGAAAUUUUGUGAAAAAACCCCAGAUUUGGUAAAUUACUUGAGUAAGAAGAAGAAAAAUAUAUAUGCAAAUUCUUUCCUGUGAAUGUUGUGCUGUUAGUUAUCAUAUGAGACACUAUUUAUGUACUGUUCCGGGAGUAUUCAUGUGCAUACUUAUUUGUCGGGUUGCCCCUCUAAACGGGAAGCAGUUAUAGAUGCUG